AUGUCAGAAUUUGAAAACGAUGUAAUAGAUGGAGAGUCCGAGAGAGAGGAGGGGACGUACGAGCAGGAGAACGAGCGCAUAGAGCCACGUCCAUUAACCCAAGAAAUGAUAGCUCAAGGUUUGUCUCAACUUUCCCGCACAGCCAAUGGCCUAAGUCAUGCAUUUGUCAAGCUUGACCUAAAAGAGAGGCAACUGACAGACAUAGGCCUGAUUAGUUCAUUUGUCCACCUGCGCUACUUGGACAUCUCCUUCAACCACCUGUCAGACCUAUCACCACUGUCCACACUCACCCACCUGCUUUGGAUAAAAGGAGAUGGUAACCAAGUUCAGUCUUUCAAAGAUCAGCCACUGGGCCAAAUGCCCUACCUACAGUGGCUCAGCUUGGCAAUUAACCAUCUCAACAACACUGAGGGUCUCUGUGGCCCUGCCCUGGAGCGGCUUAAUCUCACUGGCAAUGGCAUACAGCGGGUGUCUGGCCUAGACUAUCACAAACUGAGCAAUCUUGUGGUUCUGGAGCUGAGGGGAAACAGAUUAGAAACCACUGACGGCAUUUACCUCCCAAACUUGCAGCGUCUCUAUAUGGCCCAGAACAACAUAAAACACUUAGAGGGCUUGGAAAAACUGGAACGCUUGACCACUCUGCAUCUCAGAGACAACAAGUUAAAGACAUUGGAUGGCCUAAGUUCUAACAUGAAGUCACUGCAGUAUCUCAAUGUCAGGGGUAACUCUGUGUUUUCCCAGCGUGACUUGCGUGGCCUCAUGGCGGUUGCUCAGACACUCCGGGCACUGGUGUUGGCAGAGAACCCAUUGGCAGAGACAGAGAAUUACAGGCUCUCUGUGCUGACCCACCUCCCUCUCCUGGAGAGGCUAGACAAAAAUCCUGUAUCGAGUGAGGAGAGGACAAAAGCUAAGGAAAGAUCCAUGGAAUUUGAAGAUGAGGAUCAACAACAACAAGAAGAUUAUUAA